CAGCAUCCCAAACAGCAGUCUUGAGUAUGCGACUCGGAUGCUAUCUUGGAAACGCGUUUCCAUGAGAGCACUGUGCAGACCAUUCCUGGGAGCAUGGGGGUAGCUACAGUAGCUUGAGAAGGCUGCAGGCGCCAAGCUGCACAUGGAAAGUGCCGUAUCAAGCAAGGCCUAUAAAUGGGCGAGCAUCCUUUCAUUUCCAAACAUUCCACAGUACCACAUUCACCCGAUUUUCUCCUUGCCUCUUCGCUCUGAUUCCAGCAGCACAACCCUGCCACCACCAAAUCUCUGAGCGUUGCCAGUUUAGCGCUUCCAAGCAGCAGCAAGCAGCGCCUCGUCCUGUCGCAAGUGUUCUGCCAGCGCGCAGGAUCGCCGAAAAGCACCAUGGCCGCAGCAGCUGGUGGCCCCACCCCUCUCGAUGCGCCGCCUGCGCAUGCUACAAAAGAGGAUGUUGUGAAGAUGAACAACUGCCUCCCACCAGUUGAAAGACUCUGCGAGCCCGAGUUAGCUCUGCUGUCCAGGGGCAACGUCCAGGUUCGCUACAAGGUCAUCUCGAAGUUGGUCCAAAACAAUUCCCUCAUCGAGCAGCUACGGACUGAGAACGACGAGCUGAACAAGGGGAUCAAGCGCGUCCGCGAUGAGAAGGAAGCCAUCGCUGCUGAGAAGGACGCACUGGUCACAACCGCAAGGGAGGAGAAGCGCCUGAUGAAGGAGGAGUUUGACACGAGGAGGAAGGCUGAGAACCAGCUUCACCGGGAAGCGGGAAAGAAAGACGGCAUGGAGGCAGCCAACCUCGAGAAGAAGGAGGCCGAGGACCGGCUGUUGCAGAUGAUGGCUCAUAACACGCACCAGCAGCAAAUCCAAUUUGCUGGCAGAUUUGGCAAUCUCCAGUGGUCGAACAAUCAGGUCCUGCGGGACUCGGGCCGCCUCACGGAAUUGACGCCGGAGCAUUUGCCGCUUCGCCCUCCAGCUUCUUCGAACAUCCUCUCUCCCGUCGUCUCGGAUCGGGAGGCCUCUUCACCUCGCAGCCCGGAUCAUCCGAACGAUCAGCUCAAGAUGGCCAGGCAGGUUCCCCGGCAGCCCACUCCCCUCUUGGCACCGACGAUGACACUCCGCAGCAAGAGCCAGACAGCUAUGCUGCCGGCGGUCCCCAGCUCGGAGGCCACGUCCGGCUCUAGCGCGCCAGAUUCGCCUGAGGCAGCGCCACGUGUCGAGCUCCCCAGGCUCGCGUCUGGCGCGCCUCGACGCAAGGGGAGGCUGCCGGCAAUGAAGAAGACUAACGUUCACGCAGAUUGUAAGAGGAUUACUCGCAGCACUGCAGCGAUGGCUUGCGUGAAGGCGAACCCUGUUGCCGACGCAAGUCUUGCCCGGGCUCUGCAGAAGGAGUGGAAUGGGUACCGUCUGAGGCGCCGCGAGCGCCGUCUGUGAUCAGCGUAGGUGUCUUCGUGAGGUGUAAAUAUAGACGCUUGGAGGCCAGGGACAUGUGUACCGUUGCAUACAGAUUGGUACGUGACUGGUCUAUACACUGAUAGUGCGUCGGAAGGACGUAUGUAAAUCUCAUGUAGAAUAUGUCGGCGAAACCUGAGCUGAGUGGUCGGACGGUAAGACGGUGAUGAGUCUGUUGAGUUGCCAGUUCUUGAUGGCUCUCAAGAAGUAUCUGUUAGUGUAGUUUGUCAUUCGUUUGGUAGCCCUUGUAAAACGUACGUUGUGUAGCGGUUCAGUACGGCGAACUUCAGCCCCGAAUACAUCUCUGUAGCAAUUCAGCCACAUGAUGGUUGGGUUCAGUAUAUGCUGGAACAUCGUGCUUUUGUUCAUCGGAAUCUAAUUGGCUGCCUCAGGCUUUUCGCGG